AUGGGGGUUGAGAGGUAUAGGUGUGGGGUGCACGGUACACAUCUCCGACAAAAUAUUGGAGUAUUUGUUGUGCUUAUACUAGGUGGAGCUUCUGGUUCUCCUUUACCAGCUCCAGCAAUGGAUAAGUCAUGGAUUAAGAAGCCACACAAAUCAGUUGAAUAUGAUCAAGGGAUCAAGGAAUUUAUUACUUUUGCCUUUCAAGAUGAAUUAGAAAAUGGCGAAAUAAUAUGCCCUCGUAAACAUUGUGGUUUCAGAAAACUGCAGAGUAGAAGUGUAAUUGAUGAUCACUUAAAGUGCAAACCAUUUCCAAAGGGAUACACCCUUUGGGUACAUCAUGGAGAGUCCACAAGAGAAACUAGUAGUAUCUCACCUAGUAGUGUUUCAAAUAUAGUUCAAGACACAAUUGUCAUUGAUGAUCAUAUACAGAAAAUGAUCAAUGAUGCUUUUGGAGUCGAAGAUCAUCCAAAAGAAGUACCCAUUGAAUCGAAUGCAGAGAUUGAUCGAAAUGAAGAUAUGUUGCCAAGUGGAAGUCAGCGAAGGUAUGAAGAGGCCAAAGAUUACUAUGAAUUAAGUAGAGAUGAAGAACAACCUUUGUAUGAAGGGUGUGUUAAAUAUUCAAGACUACAUUUUUUGUUAUUAAAAGAUGCAUAUGAAUUUACAAAUAUAGCAAAUUCAUUCUAUGAAGCCAAGAAAACAAUCACCAAGUUUGGUUUAAAUUAUGAAAAGAUCCCUGUUUGUCCGAAUAAUUGUAUGCUUUAUUGGGGUAAUAAGAAAGAUGAAGAGAGGGAGACCUACAAAAUUUGUAACACUUCCAAAUGGAAAUCAAAAGCAAAAGUUGGUGCAAUUGGAGUGUCUGGUGAUGAAAAUAAUCGAAAGAAAGUUCUUGUAGAAGUUCUUCGUUAUUUUUCAUUAAAACCACAGUUAGAAAUAUUAUUUUUGUCCUCAAAAUCGGUGGAGGAUAUGAGAUGGCAUGCAAUCGAUAGUAAGAAUGAUCGAAUGUUGAGGCAUCCUAGAGAUCUUAAGCUUGGAAACAUUUUGACUUGA